UGACAGGAGCCAGGUCCAAGAAUCUCCGUGCAGAAGUGCUACGACCAGUUUACCGCGUGCCUCGCGAGCGUGCGCGCGCGCCUUCGCGAUUUUCUUCGUUUUACAGGGCGAAGAUGCCGACUCCAGACUAUAGCGUCGAUAUAGACUUGGGGGAACCCCCGCCAGAAUUGGAGGACUAUGCCCGCCAGCACUGUGGAGAGGACCCCAGCACGAAGCUUCAGGCUAUCGACGAGCUAAGGGACAUGAUAUAUGAGCGGGGUGAAUGUACACCACACCGGAUGGACGAUGAGUUUCUGGUGAAGUUUCUUCGUGCGCGAAACUUUAUACCACAAAGAGCUCAUAGGUUGCUCGUAAACUACUAUCAGUUUAAAGAGGAGAAUCCGGAGCUUUUUGACAACGUAUACCCUUUGGAUCUUCAAGGCAUUGGCGAUGCGAACAUUAUAGCCGUGCCCCCCUAUCGAGGGCAGGACGGUCGGCGGCUUAUAAUAUACAGAAUAGGUCAGUGGGAUCCGAAAACAAUUCCAAUUGAAGACAUGUUUAAAGCUACUAUCCUAGCCCUAGAGCUGGGUAUGAUGGAACAGCGCACCCAGAUCCUCGGCGGAGUAGCGCUAUUCGACCUGGAGAACAUCGGCACUCAGCACGCGUGGCAAUGCACUCCGUCCAUUGCCGCGAAAAUUGUUAAGAUUUUAGUUUCAUGCUACCCAGCCAACACCCACGCCAUCCACGUCAUCAAUCACACUUGGCUGUUCGACAAGAUGUACAAUAUCUUCAAGCCGUUCUUAAACAACGUUAUGAACUCCAAGAUCUACUUCCAUGGCAACGACAUGACAUCCUUGCACAAGCACAUUCACCGGGACCAUCUCCCCGAAAGAUAUGGAGGUAUAUGGCCCGACUACCCUUAUACCAUUUGGUUCGAAUCUUUGAGAAAAAACUAUCACGUAGCGAAGGAAAUGGUAGCGUGUGGCUACAAGUUUCGCGAGGAGGAAAUCAGUGCUGACGUUGUGAGAAAAUUGAAAGAGGAUGGUAUACAAUUGUCGUAAACUUAGAAACUUGGACAAUAAGAGUAUUGAUACCAUUUCUUGCAGUGAUUUAUGCAUGACAUGAUCAAUUUCGCACCUCAAACGCGGCGUCCUGAGACGGGAUGAUCCCGUAAAUUUAAUAAUGUUUCGUUUAUCUUCAAUUUUUAACCUGUAUUUUUAAUAUUUAAAGUGUUUAUCAGUCAUAAUAUCAAAGGAGUGUUAAGUUCCUUCACAGGAGGUUCAAAGAUAUUUACAAUGAAAUAUUUCUUUCGAUAAAGGGUGAAUGACCCUUACGUCGAAGAUUUAGAAGGGCAUAUUAUGACCUCAUACACAACUCAAGUUGUUGGACCUGUGCCUUCUUUAGAAACGUGAGGGUUUUAAAGUUGACGCGUACGCGCAAUUAUUUUGUCUUUACGAAGACCGAUUAGACGCGUCAAAUUUUAAAAAAAUAACUUGGUCAAUUUUGAUGAUAAAAGAAUGGGAUGUUCAAUCCGAGUAUUUAAACCGCCCCUGUGCGCCUACUUUUAGUUACACAAAUAUAAUGUAAUUUAAAAAAGAUUUAUGAAUACAACUGCGCCUUACAACAACCUUAAUAUUUUGUAUUUUUACUAUAUUUUUUUUGAAUGUAAAUCAUUAAAAACUUAUUAGAUAAGUAGUUUUAAAUUAGUGUUAUCAAUUUAAAAUUAAGAUAUUACUUAAGAAAUUCGUCAAAAGCCUGUGAUAAAAUAUAGCGUUAAAAUGGACGUCUGGUUGGUAAAAAAAAUAUUUUUCGUUUUUAAGUAAGCGACAAGCAUACGUCAUAUACUCUUUUGUAUAUUAUAAUAAUUUAAUAGGAGUCAUUUUAGAAAUGUAAAUGUAUUAUGUAGACAUAAUUUUAAGUUUUUAAUUUCAUUACAUUAUGAGUGUAUUCCAUUAAAUUUCCUGUAUUUUAAUUUUUUUAGUAUUUUAAGGUGCCAGUAUAUUGUAAAAAUAUAUUUAGAAUACAUCAUAUCUACAAUGUAAAC